UGUAUUUAAAUUAAAAAAUAUAUAUUAUUUAUAAUGACUAACAUCUAGAAUCUGGUGUUUUAUACAAGCAAAAAGGUUCGGCUACAAAAGAGGCUCGGCCCAAACUUGAAUGGAUCAAUCCAAAACGUAAAAGGAUAUAAAGGUAAUUUCAUAUAAAUUUCGAACUAGAGAAAAAUUUGGGAAUGUGGGCUUAUUAGUGGAUAGUAGUGGAAGUAACCGCCUAAACCGUCACUGCCAAGAAAAUAAAAAUAAAUAAAUAAUAAAAAAUAAAAACAGAGAAAGAGAAAGGCAUACCGCAGUGAAUGAAUCUUUAAUCUUCCAAAGUGACGAGCAACAAUCAAUGGAAGCAAAGAGAGACGAGAUAAGGAAAGGGCCAUGGAAAGCGGAGGAGGAUGAAGUGCUCAUUAACCAUGUUCAGAGAUACGGCGCUCGUGAUUGGAGCUCCAUUCGAUCCAAAGGCCUCUUGCAGCGGACCGGCAAGUCUUGCCGCCUCCGUUGGGUCAACAAGCUUAGGCCCAACUUGAAGAAUGGGUGCAAGUUUUCAAUGGAGGAAGAGAGAGUGGUGAUAGAGUUGCAGGCACAGUUUGGGAACAAAUGGGCCAAAAUAGCAACGUAUUUGCCAGGUAGAACUGAUAAUGAUGUGAAGAAUUUCUGGAGUAGCAGACAGAAGAGGCUAGCAAGGAUUCUACAGACUUCAGCGACGCCGUCUUCUUCCUCCUCCUCUAACUUCAAGCCGCGGAAGGCUAAAAAGGAAGUUUCUGUCUUUCAUGAAGUUCCCACUCACCAGGCUCCGGUGUUCAGCUUUUCAAUGGAGGAAGAAUCAUCUACAAAGGCACAGUCAUGUUCAUCAUCAUUCAUUGAAACCACUGAGCCUGUCUCUACGGUGCCAUUGCCAUUCCAUGCAGAUCUUGUUAAGACCGAGUUGCCUAGCUAUGAAGCAAAUCUUGCUCAAAUGGAGGCCCAGACGCAAAUUCCCUUCCCUGAAAUCUCACAAAACCAACCAGACCUCACAUUCUCUCCAGAAAGCCAGGAACUGUUGGCCAGACUUGAUGAUCCUUUCCUAUUCAAUAUGUUUGGAGCAGUAGAUGCUCCUGAACUGGGAGCACAGCCUUCACUGGGGCCGCCAUUAUUUGGUCCAGUUUCAAGUUGUAUAAAUGGUGGGAGGGAAGCAAGGAGUCCAACAACUCAUGGUACCUUCUUCGAUGACUUCCCUUCGGACGUUUUUGACAAUAUUGAACCGCUUCCAAGCCCUUAGCAGUGGUCAAUCACAGAGCUGUUUUCAUCUCUGUAGUGGAAGACGAACUCUAACUAGUUUCUUUAGCUGCAAUUCUCAUGACAUGAUACUGCUAUUCUUUGUACUGACCAACUGUUCUGUUGAAUAUAUCACUUUUUACAACCUUUUUUUUUUUGUAAUAUACCAAAUUAUA